AAGAUGUCAAAGAACCUCUUUUCAUUUCUCCGCUUGUUUGUGCUCUUGCUUGGCUUUGCCAUUAUUUGCUUAGGAGCCUUUUGCUUCUCUACAGGUGUCCCUGCCUGCAAGUGCAAUAGCUUGCCUAUUGCCUAUUUCCUAUUACCCUUGGGGUUCUUUCUUCUCAUCUCUGGGAUUUUCUGGAGCACUUAUCAUGAGGCCAGCAAGCACAAGGGCUUAUUCUACAGCAUCUUCCAUGGAAAUCCUAGACAUCAAGAGAGUCACAUCAAUACUGUGGACAGGCCUGACUUCUACCCUCCAUCGUAUGAAGACAGCACUGAUCCCAAAAAGCAUACUUUCCCACUGCCGGUCCUCCCACUGGAACGAGAGAAGGAUACUUACAACAUGCCCCCACCUCUUUACACAGAGAGCAGCCUGGAAUUCAUUGAGGAAGUCAGCCCUCAGGAACAGCCGCCACCUUCAUAUGAAGUAUCUGUGCAGCAAGCUACAGAACAUGACUCAACAACGCUUGAAGAGACUUCCCAUGCAUCUGUGCCAUAG